CCCUUAUCUAGGGCUUCUGUGACACCCCAUCUCUUUGCUCUACAGCCUUCAUAACGCGUGGGGUCUCCCCCCAGCCCUCUUUCUCCUCUUCCCGACCCUCUGGGAUCUCUCUUUCCGAGGAGGCCAUGGAUACCUCGACGCCUUUGCCGCCUGUGGCCCCUUCCCCCGUCUGCAACCCAGCCCCACGGACAAUCCAGAUCGAGUUUCCUCAGCAUAGCUCAUCGCUGCUGGAAGUCCUGAACCGCCACAGGCUAGAGGGGAAGUUCUGUGAUGUGUCUCUCCUGGUGCAGGGUCGGGAACUUAGGGCUCACAAAGCAGUGUUGGCUGCUGCCUCUCCUUACUUCCAUGACAAGCUUCUUCUGGGGGAUGCACCACGUCUCACCCUGCCGAGUGUUAUUGAAGCUGAUGCCUUCGAAGGGCUGCUCCAGCUCAUUUACUCAGGACGCCUCCACCUGCCACUAGAUGCUCUGCCUGCCCACCUCCUUGUGGCCAGUGGCCUCCAGAUGUGGCAAGUAGUAGAUCAGUGCUCAGAGAUUCUUAAAGAACUAGAAGCCUCAGGUGGUGGAAUUUCAGCCCGUGGAGCAACCCCGUACCGCGCACUUCCUUCCACUACAUCCUCUCCAGGAGGCUGGUGCAUUCGAUCUCCCCCUUUCCAGACCCCAGUGCAGUCGUCACCCUCUACGGAGAGUCCUGUUGUAGGGGAGGGGAGUGAACUGGGAGAGGUAUUACAGAUUCAGGUAGAGGAAGAUGAGGAGGAAGAAGAAGAAGAUGAUGACCAGGGGUCAGAAGCAGUCUCUCAGACUCCUCAGCCCCAGAGAGUGUCAGGAGGUUUCCCCCGCCUUCAUGGUUCCCACCCAUCACCAAAAUCCACUACUCCCUGCAAGCUUCCAGAGGGUGAGAGUGCUCCACCAGAGCCUCUUGCCACUUCUACUGCACUGCCCCUCAAAAUCUUCUACAUAAAGCAGGAACCUUUUGAGCAUAAGGAGGAGCUAUCAGGAGGUGGAACUCAUUCCGGAGGAACAAAGGAGGAGACCAAAGUGUUCUCUGGGAACACUGAAAAGGAUGGGGAAUUAGAAUUCUUGCUGCCCUCAGGAGCAGGAGCACCAUCUGGGGGAGGAGGCCCCUCCUGGAAACCAGUGGAUCUUCAUGGGAAUGAAAUCCUGUCAGGAGGUGGAGGACCUGGGGGAGCAGGGCAAGCUGUGCACGGGCCUGUGAAACUAGGGGAGGCACCCCCUGCAGACGGAAAACGCUUUGGUUGCUUGUGUGGGAAGCGGUUUGCAGUGAAGCCAAAGCGUGACCGGCACAUCAUGCUGACCUUCAGCCUUCGACCCUUUGGCUGUGGCAUCUGCAACAAGCGCUUCAAGCUGAAGCACCAUCUGACAGAGCACAUGAAGACACAUGCUGGAGCCCUACACGCCUGUCCCCACUGUGGCCGUCGGUUCAGAGUCCACGCCUGUUUCCUUCGCCACCAGGACCUGUGCAAGGGCCAGGGCUGGGCCACUGCCCACUGGACUUAUAAGUGAUUUCUGAGGCCAUACACUGACUUUCAGGACAAGAGAGCCACUGCUACUGAUGGAUACUCACCCCUCACUACCAUGGCACCUCAGUCCUGGAUCUUGUAAUCAUGCCAAGAGGAUAGAUACGUUAUGGGUCUGUGUUAACCUCUAUCGUAGGUGUAGGUCUCAGCCUGGUGAUUUGGAAACUCAGAUUUCUCAUCUCACCCCCGGUUUUUGCUA